AUGCGUUCGACAUAUUCUGAUACUAUCGCACGUGAACAACAAAUUCGCGAAUUAACUCAUGAGAAGAAAAUUGUAUCAUCAAUACCCAGAGCUCGAACUAGACAAGGCGAACGAAAAUUUUAUGAAAUUUUUAUUUUAGCGAUCAUACAUUUUUUAUUUGCAGUUUUUAUUCUUGGGCGUUUUACAAUUAAUAAUGGACCACUUAUUCAACAAGUUUAUUAUGCUUUCAUAGAUACAUCAAAUGAUACGUUCAAUGAAACACCACUAACUUAUUAA